GGUAAUGAAUUCUGUCUGCCUCCCCUAUAUAAGCCACGGAGAGCUUGGGAAGAUGCAUUCGGUCUUUCACUGUCCAACUGAAGUAUACAGAUAUCCAGAAAAUGAAGGUUGCCAUUAUUAUCCUGGUUGCUGUGCUGCUGUGCGGAGCUGCGCAUGCGAGUCCUCGUUUCUUUGGUGGGAGGCGCUCCAGGGUGCGAGGCGGCUUUCCCGGCGGCUUUCCCGGCGGCUUUCCCGGCGGCUUCCGCGGUGGAUUCAGUGGAUUCGGUGGAUUCCCCAGAGGCCACUACGGCGACUUUGGCGACUUUGGUGGUUAUGGCGAUUAUUACGACAUCUACGAUCAUCCAGGCAGAGUCGCAGGCAGAGCCGGAGUCAGAGCAGUCGCCGUGCCCACAACAGUCGUAAAGGGAACUUACUAGAAGACCUAAUUAGAGGUCUCAGCCACAGAAGAACGAUUUUGUGAGAUUUGGACAUGAAUGCCUUUUAGUAAAAAAAAAAUCAGUUAAAA